UGCGCUCGGCGUGCCGCGCGGCGGCGAUCGAUGAUUGGGGCGUUCGGGCUGUGUCCGCACAUGCGCCGGAAGGAGUUAGCCGACCCCGGGGUGGCGGCCAUGGCGGGCCUGGUUCUUGUUCGCCUCCGUUAUUGAGGUUGUUUUGCUGCUGUUGUUCAGCGGUGGCCUGUGCACCUCGGCGGUUUAUUCCCGCCGUGCCUGGAAGGAGGAACAGCCCUAUCUGUGUCCUUUUGGCACUCAGGGGGGUGGUCAGAAAAAGAAGGAAACUUCAAAAAUUCUGUCCUGGGCUACGGGCAAAAUCUCCUUUAUGCCAUCCAAACAUGGUCAUCCAACCCAGGCAGCAGGAUUGGGAUGGAGCUCCUGAAGCAAGCAGUAUUGAAAGAGACCUUCCCAAGCUGGAGUGGGCAGGAGAGUUUCUCGGUUGUUAAGGUCAACUAUGUCAUUUCAAGGCUCAGAAUUAAUGCUGUAGAUUUCCCAGAAACUUCUGCUUCCUUUAUUCCUGGCACUGGCAUUAGUCUGUCAGUGGCACGUGCUUCUGCUACGAUCAGUGCAGACUGGAGAAUGAACACGUGGCUGCUCAAAGACCAAGGAGGAAUUACUGUGUCCAUCUCAGGACUGUUCAUUGCAGUUAUCUUCAAAGUGUCAAGGGAUAGCACAGGCCGCUUGUCCAUGUUGCUACACAAUUGCCAGCUGAGCAUUAAUAGUUUAAAAGUCAAGUUAAAUGGAGCAUCUAGCUGGAUCUACAGCUUUCUGUCUGGUUAUCUUGAGAAGCCCAUUCACGCCAAAUUGGAUAAAAAUCUAUGCCUAAACAUCAAAUACAAAGUCCAACUGAUGGAUGCACAGCUAAAAAAGUAUAAGGUCUUAAGCCAGAUUGAUGCCUUUGCACAAAUAGACUAUUCCCUAGUUAGUUCUCCAGCAGUCUUCAAAUCACACAUUAACUUGGAUUUGAAGGGCACAGUCUAUCCAGUAGGAAAUCACACAGAACCUCCCUUUGUGCCAGCUCCAUUUGGUCUCCCAAACCAGGGUGAUUCCAUGCUCUACCUGGGAGUCUCAAGUUAUUUUAUUAAGUCUGCUUCACUGGCUUACUACAGAGCAGGGGUCUUUAACAUCACCAUCUCCAAAGAGCUUGCCACUACUUUUAACCUAAAUACCGCCUUAUUCAAAGAUUUUGUUCCUGAGAUUGCUCUAAGUUAUGUAACAGCAUGCCCAGUGCUGCUGAAGCUGAUGGCUACAUCACCACCCGCGGUCAGUUUAAACACAGACAGAUGCAUCUUACAGAUCACUGGCUGUGUAGAAGUGUUUGCUGUUCUGCCAAAUUCAACCACCCAGUACAUCUUUACAGGGAAUCUAACAGCCAGUACCAGAGGCAAUUUGACAAUAACCAAACAGAAGUUGAUUAUCUCAUUACUUCUGAAGAGGCUCCGGUUCUCCCUGCUGCACUCCAUUCUUGGCUUCCCUGAGCAGAUUUCACUGGUGGAGAAUUUUCUGUCUUAUGCUUUACGGAGUGCAGUGAUCCCAGUAAUCAAUGAUAAACUAGGAAAAGGAUUUCCUCUUCUUAACUUGGCCCACACUACCCUGACUAGACCUGUAAUAAGAAUGAAUCAGGGUCAUCUGGUGAUUUCCACUGAUGUUCACUACAAACGUGAGGAAGGGGGAGAUGAGGACCUUCACAGUCACUCCUAAUGUCCCUUUACUUUUAAACAACAAGAGAAAAAUGUAGUCUCCCUUCUGCUGGCUUGUAGGGAGUAGAUGCUAUAACACUAGAAGCAUGGCUUUUUGUCACUAUUUUUAAUGUUCUAGUAAAACUUCUUAAUCACUUUUCACAAACUAAAUCUGUUGGUUUUUAGUACAGUGAGCGUAGCUGAGUGUUACUGAUGCUGUAGAAAACUUGUUGCAGCCUGAUGAGAAGGGGUGACUGGUUCUUUUCACUACUUAUAGACACCACAUUUCAUUAAUUUUAGGAACCAGUUCUUGCAUUAUUCAAUUUAUCUCCAUUAGUGUUAGCAAAACUUUGUGUAUGCAGUGAGACCUUAUUCUUCGCAAGAAUUUCGCUAUUUGUCCCUUUGUAACUGGAUACCAAGAGUGGGAACAGGUUUAUAAAAUCCAGUGAAUUACCAUAGAAUUAUAGAAACAUAUCAUCUAGUCCAGACACUGGCUCAAAACAGGACUAAUUAGAUCAGGUCGCUGAGGGCUGUGUCCAGUUGAGUCUUGAACCCCUCCAAGGAUGGACAUUCCACCAACCUCUCUGGGCAACCUGUUCCACUAUUUAACUACCUUCAGAAUAAAAUUUUUUUUCCUAAUAUCUAAUCAGUAUUUUCUAUGUUCCAACCUGUUCUGUUGCCUUUUGUCCUAUUACCGCACACUUCCAAGAAGAGUCUGGCUCCAUUUUCUCUGUAUUCUCUGAUCAAAAAGUUGUAGACACCAAAAAGCUCUUUCAAGCCCUCUCUUCUCCAGGCUGAACAGGCCUGAUCUCUCAGACUCUCCUUGUAGGUCAUGUUCUCCAGCCCCCUUGGUGGCACCUGCUGGACUUGAUCCAGGAUGUUGACAUCCUUCUUGUACUGGGGAGCCCAAACUGGACACAGUACUCCAAAUGCAAGUGUCAAACAGAGGGGAAGGAUCACUUACCUGGACCUGCAGACUUAUGUUCGACUUGUUGUCCACCAGGACUCCCAGAUCCUUUUCUGCAGAGCUGCUUUCUAAACAGCCACCAGCUUGUACUGCUGCAGGGAGUUAUUUCUUCCCAGAUGCAAGACUUCACACUUGCUUUUGUUAACUUUAUGUGGUUCCUGUCAGCUCACUUCUCCAGUUUGUCCAGGUUUCUCUGAAUAGAAGCCCUGCCCUCCAGCAUGUUGACUGCUCUCCCCAAUUUGGUGUCAUUCACAAACUUGCCGAGAGUGGACCCUGUCCCAUCAUCCAGCUGACAUUAAACAGUAUUGGUCACAGUACUGUUUCCUGUGGGACCUCACCUAGUUACUGGUCAACAGCUGGAUUUUGCUGGUCAAAGCUCUUUGAUUCUGGCAGUCCAGCCAAUUUUCCACCUACCUUCUCCAGCCCAUAUGUCACCAACUUGGUGAUGAGACUAAGGGAGACUGUCAAAGGCCUUGCGAAAAUCAAGGUAUAGAACAUCCACUGCCCUCCACUUGUCCACAGUCCCAGUCAGCUCAUCACUGAAAGCAAUGAGGUUGGUCCGGAAUGGUCUGCCCUUGGAAAACCCAUGCUGGCUGCUCCCAGUCACCUUCUUAUUCUUCAUGUGCUUCAGAAAUGGCUUCUAAGACAUUUUGCUCUAUAACCUUCCCAGGGACUGAGGUGAGACUGACUUCUCUGGAUCAUCCUCCUUGACCUUCUUGAAGACAGGUGUGACAUCUGCCUUCUUCCAGUCAUGAGGAACCCCUCUCAAGUGCCACAACUUUUUGAAGGUGAUAGAUAGACAGCAGCUUCACAAUGAGAUCAGCCGGGCAGAACCUUCAGCACCUCCAGAUGCAUCCUGCUUGGUCCCAUGGAUUUGUGUAUGUCCAGCUGGGUUAAGUGAGCGUGAAGUCUGUCUUCCUCCACUGUGGGUGCUGCCCACAGACUCUGCUAGGAGCUCAGCGACCUGGGAGGCCAGAGAACAAGUCUUGCUAGUGAAAACGGCCUUUUCUGUGUCUCUUGUCACUAGUGUCCCGGCCCACUGAGCAAUAAGCCCACAUUCUCCUUAGCCUUCCUUCUACUAUCGAUGUACUUACAGAAACCUUUCCUGUUGCCCUUCACCUCCCAAACUAAUUUCAGCUCCAACUGAACUUUGGCUUUUCUGACUUCAUUCCUACAUGUGCAAGCAAUAUCUUUGUGUUCCUUCCAAGUAGCUGGUCUCAGUUUCCAUCUUCUGUAUGCUUCCUUUUUGUGUUUGAGUUCACUCAGGAGCUCCAUGUUCAUCCAUGCUGGCCUUCUGCCACAGUUGCUCAACUGUCUGAACAUUGUAAUGGACCGUUCUUAUGCUCUGAGGCGGCUGCCCUUGAAGAUUAGCCAGCUUUUCUGGGCCUCUGCUCUCCAGGGCAAUUUCCCACAGAUCCUGCCAAGCAGGUCCCUGAAAUCUGCUCAUCUCAAGUCUGUGGUUGUAAUUCUGUUCUUUGUCUCGCUCGCUCCUCCCAGGAUCUGAAACUCCACAGUCUCACGCUCACUGCAGCCAAGGCUGCCCUUGGCCUUUACAUCAUCCAGCAGUUCUUCCUUGUUUGCGAGUAGCUGCAGCUCUUCGAGGGUAUCAAUCUCCAAGUAAUUCUGUACCGCUUGCAUUUGUAAAAUGGAGCUGGAAGAUUUCUUUUGUCUUAUGUCAGUGUCACCAGAGACAUUCAACCAGGAGAUAGUAAAAGUGUAUGGAAAGGAAAACUAGUCUACAAAUGUCACGCUACAGAAAGUUCAGUUCCAACGUGGGACAGAAAUGUGGCUUGCAUUUGAUUUUUAGCUGAAUCAGUUUAUUUAUCUAGCUGGCUGCUACAGUUUUUUACUAAAAAAAGCAUCCUGAAACCCAACAGCAGUAAAUCACAACAGGGCUUCCAGUUCAUUGUGUUCUGUGGUAGGUGAAGAGUGACUAGAAAAAGAACAGAAAAAGAAGAACUCAAAAGAAAUGGAGAUUUUUAAAUAGUUUGGUGUCCCUCAUUGGUAACACUUCAGGCACUUUCUUCUGCCUAUUUGGGGAAGAAUUCAUGAGAUGGGGAAAAAGAGAACUAAAGCCCUGGUGCCCAUCUCUCUUCCAAUGGUGCUUCAGGACCGACGGACGAGUGUCAUGGCCAGGUGGACCUUUUCAAACCAGAGCCGUGGCUUAGCACAACACUGCCCCUUAAGCUCUAGUCCUCUGGCUGUUGUUCACAAACAAAGAAAUUGUUUCUCCUAGGACUAAAGAGGAUGCUGUAUACGCCAACAGUUCCCCUGUAUCAUCCUAUACUUACCUACUGGUCAGUAUACCAUUUUGGAUCUGGUAUUGUUUCCUGAUUGACAGAACCAUGGAAGCAAUGCAUGUCCCUCAGUGUGCCGCAGACUAGAGCGCAUGGAGAAAGGGGACAAUUGGGGAGGCAGAGAAUUGGGGAUGUGCAGAAAGGGGACCGCUGGAGCACUGAGCCAGAGGCAACAACUGGACUCAUGCAAAGCCAAAAUGAUCUGCAGAGAUGCAGUACCAAGUCUCCAUUGAUUGCCAUACUGAUAAGCUCAUUUGGUUUCUUGUAUAUUGGGUAAAAAGGAUUGCAAUCUAUAUCCCCUUCAGCAUAUAAAUUGAAGCAAAUUCUUGGUGGCUCAACAGAGAAAAUGAAAAAAAUAAUUCCUUUUAGAGGUUCUUUGUAACACCUUGAAAGGUGAAAAGUUUGGGUGUAGAAACUAUUUAUAGCAUAUUUGAAUGUGUUAUCUGAAUGUGUCUGCAAGCAGAUAUUUCGCUUUUACUGCUGUAUUUGUGGAAAGAAAUGAUGAAACUGUUCUGAAAGCCUUAGUCCGUCUUUGUUAACUUUUGCUGAAAGUUUUAUCUAAGCUGGGUGGUACUCCAUUAGAAAAACCAUAAAAUGUUAAAAGGAUAUGAUGAGGAUAAGCUGAGAUAGUUUUCAGACAAUUCAGUUGUUUGUAAAUCUUGGAGAUCUAUAUGGAUGGAAACAGUGGUGCUUUUCCCUUGCUGUGAAGGAACUGCAGAACUUGCGCAAAAAAUUUAAAGGAGAGGUUUAUGUAACUGAGGGUGUGAUUUUUAUUCAUCCUCAGUUGCCAGAGAUAUAAAUAAUGAAAUUAUUAUGCAUGUGACUCCCUGUGGUGAACGUUAAAUCUGUGUAAAGUAUGAGUAUUUGUUGACUGACUGACAAAUGACUCUACCCUUUUCUAUUCAUGGAUUGCACAAUGAAGUGACUCAGAUUGUCCAGCAAAGUGCUCCAUGCCUGAGGGAAUUUCCUUGGUUUACAUGCAAGCUAAUUGAUUAAAUCACCUUUUUGACAAGCCAAGUAGUACUGGUUAGCUAAAGUUAACUGCAUAAGCAAGCAGAAGAAAUAGAAAAUAUUGACUGCAAGGACUUGAUACUAUAUAUUUGCACCACAUAUAUACACUAUAAUAUAUAUAUGCUAGAAUACAGAUACUGUAUGUUUUAUGGUUUUCUGUAUCCUGAGCAAUUUCGGAACAGAUGGGCCUAGACAGUUGUUUUCCAUCUGUUCUUCCUAGCAAUGGCAAAUUCAUUUAUUUCUUUCACAAUAUAGACCUGGCUAUGAGUAUCAGUCCUGUGGAACUACUGGAAGAGGCCCUCCACUGGGGUUUCCUCUCAGGUCCAUCUGAAAAGUCAGUGCCGAAACGGUAUGCCACAAAGGCAGCAUGUCACCCUGAGCUCAGCAUCCCAGCGCCUGAGCACCCCCACCCAACAGUUUACACUGCCCUCUGCUUAGUCCCUAAAUGAAAUUAGAGUGAUAGAUUUAACCUGGAACACCCAAAAUAGUUUGGGACUUGACUGGAGAGGCCACUCCCUGUGUGAUACUGCUGAAGAUGGCAGUAAUUGGCUCUCUUCAAGCUCACAGCUCUUUCCUUUAAGAGAUGGGGUCGUGGCUACAGAGGGUUUUUCCUGCAGAAUCCUCAGCCCCGUGGUCUGGCACAGCAAGGGUCUUCUCUUCGGCCUUCGGAGGAGCGGUAUGGUAACAAAUACAUUGUGAUUACUCUUUGUUGUGGAGUGGCUUUGUUGGGAAGAGAUAGAUGUAGCUAAAUCUGGCUAAAUUUUGAGAUUUUAAGUUAUGAGAACUAUGCCUAUGCCAAAGAUGCAUUUCCUUCCAGUACUUUGUUUUUGUUCUACACGUGAAGUGUGUUUCUUUCACGUCUCAGUUUCUGUCAGUUAAAAUUAAAAAGAAAUUAGUCUUACUAAAAGGCAAA